CAGAGGCAGAGCUGAAUACAAAGAUGCUGAGACUCCAGUGUGUGUUCGUGGCCCUGGUCUUGUAUUUAAAAGGUUCCCUUUCCCAGCUCAAUGAAUGUGGCAGUGCACCUUUUAAUACCCGUAUUGUGGGUGGACAGAAUGCUUCAGCUGGGGCAUGGCCAUGGCAGGUUAGUAUACAGAGCCCUGUAUAUUACGGUCAUUUCUGUGGAGGAUCCCUCAUCAACAAAGACUGGGUUCUGACAGCAGCCCACUGUUUCUCCAGCACUGGCAAUUCUAGCCUGACUGUGUAUUUGGGGAAACAAACUUUAAAUGGCCCUAAUCCCAAUCAAAUUUCAAGAGGUGUUAAACAGGUGAUCCUUCACCCCAACUACAACAGUGCAACCCAAAACAAUGACAUUGCCCUUCUGCUUCUGAACUCCUCUGUCACCUUCACAAACUACAUCAGACCAGUGUGUCUUGCAGCUCAAAACAGCAGUAUUCCAACUGGAACCAAUUGCUGGAUCACAGGCUGGGGAAGCAUCGCAUCUGGAGUGCAACUGCAAUAUCCUGGUGUGCUGCAGGAGGCAAUGGUGCCCACGGUCAAUACAUAUCUUUGUGAUUUUCUACUGGGAUUUGGAUCCAUUACUACAAACAUGAUGUGUGCUGGUUAUCUCCAAGGAGGCACAGACACCUGCCAGGGGGAUUCUGGAGGUCCAUUGGUGACUAAACAGGGUGCGGUCUGGAUUCAGGCUGGUAUCACUAGCUGGGGUAGGGGCUGUGCUCAGAUGAACUCACCUGGUGUAUACACUCGGGUAUCUCAGUACCAGAACUGGAUAUCCAGCAUCAUCAACCAAAAUCUGCCUGGCUUUAUCACGUACUAACACAGUGGCACAACAGGAGGCUGUACUGAUGGAUCAGGCAACAAGAAAGCAUCUUAUUUUACCAGUGUAUAUAUGUUAACCAUAUGGGUCUAUAUUUAUACAUUUUUUAAAGAAACUAAAUUAUCAAAACAUAGUCAUUGUAUAUUAUAUUUAAUAAAAAGAAGACUGUAGUGAUAAUUAUUUUGUAUGUACUACAUGUACAGGUUAUUA